CACUGUCCAUGUACUAGCGGGGGCGGGGCUGCCGAGGCAGGAGGAAGAUGGCGGCGGGGGCGAGGUGAGGUGUUGGCAGCAGAAAGGGGUUCGGGCGUGGGGGGCGGGGGAACGUGGAGCGAUGGCCCGCGCCGGCCGCAGGGCUGGAUAAAAGCCGUCGCGCCGCGGGUGUAGGAGGGAGGGAGGUGAGGGCGCCACGAGAGUAUGACGGGGCUGUACGAGUUGGUGUGGCGGGUGCUGCACGCUCUGCUCUGUCUGCACCGCACGCUCACCUCCUGGCUCCGCGUUCGGUUCGGCACCUGGAACUGGAUCUGGCGGCGCUGCUGUCGCGCCGCCUCCGCCGCGGUCCUAGCGCCGCUCGGCUUCACGCUCCGCAAGCCCCGGGCUGCCGGCAGGAACCGCCGUCACCACCCGCACCCGCGCGGGAGGCCGGGCCUGACCGCCUCCCACCUCCGGCUCCGCUGGCGCGCGGACGGCCGUUCCCUGGAGAAGCUGCCAGUGCAUAUGGGCUUGGUGGUCACCGAAGAGGAGCAGGAGCCCAGCUUCUCGGACAUCGCGAGUCUCGUGGUGUGGUGUAUGGCUGUGGGCAUCUCCUACAUUAGCGUCUACGACCACCAAGGUAUUUUCAAAAGAAAUAAUUCCAGAUUGAUGGAUGAAAUUUUAAAACAACAGCAGGAACUUUUGGGCUUAGAUUGUUCAAAAUACUCACCAGAGUUUGCAAAUAGUAAUGACAGAGAUGAUCAAGUUUUAAAUUGCCGAUCAGCAGUGAAGGUGCUCUCCCCAGAAGAUGGAAAAGCAGAUAUUGUGAGAGCUGCUCAGGACUUUUGCCAAUUAGUAGCCCAGCAGCAAAAGAGAUCCACAGAUUUGGAUGUAGACAUGUUCGACCGUUUACUUAGUUCAACUGGCUUUCCUGAUCCUGAUUUAGUAUUGAAGUUUGGUCCUGUGGACAGCAUGUUAGGCUUUCUUCCCUGGCACAUCAGAUUGACUGAGAUUAUCUCUUUGCCUUCCCAUCUGAACAUCAGUUAUGAGGACUUUUUCUCUGCCCUUCGUCAAUAUGCAGCCUGUGAACAGCGUCUGGGAAAGUAGUGAUCCCUGGCUGCGUAAUUUGAUUUCAGGCUUUUGGAGAAAAGGACCCAAGUGACUCUGAUGUUUACAAAGCACCUAUGAAACCCUGUACACACCUAGUUCAUAAUCCUCAUAAUUUAUCAACAAACACAAAAAAGUGUCUUACUUGAGAGUAAGAGUAUGUGUGUGAGUGUGAGUGCGUGUGCGUGUGUGUGUGUGUGUGUGUGUGUGUGUAAAUAAAUUUAUAAAUCGGGGAAGUAUUGGAGAAGGAAGACGUAGACCUGCAGUUUGAGCAAAUAGCCGCAGUGUUUUAGGAGCUGAAAUUUCAGAUUUAAAGGUUUCAACCUCCACUACUUCCCCAUUUUUGUGGGGAGCAGAGGGGGUGACUAAAGCUAUAUGGUUGUUGUGUUGAGGGGAGGGGAAUAAUUUUUGUUCAGUCUUUCCUAGUGACCAAACUUAAUUUUUAAGAAUAAUAUAUUGACUUAUUAAAUGGAACUGUUUUGAGCUUGAGGAAUCUCCAGAAGCGUGGAGUUCUGUGUUGGUCACAUGUUAAAAGCGCUUGCUCAGCUUUGGAGCAGAGGGCAUACCUACUUCAGAUAUCCGUCCAUUUUCAUCUCAUUGUAGUUGAACAGUGUGACUUCUGAGGGUUGCUCUGGUGUCUGUGUUCUGGGUUGUGAAGAUCAUCUGAAAAAGAACUCUCACUACAUUGAAAUGCAAAAUUUUAAAAGUCUAUAUACUGUAUUAGAAAGUAAAAAAUUGAAAAAGUUAUAAUCUUAAAAGUAAAGUUGGAAAAUUUCCUAAAAUAGGGAAGAAAGUAAUUUCCUUUUUCAUUUGGUGGGCAGUGUGUGCCCAAAGUUGGUUUAGAAAAUAUUUCCAUUAACUAUUUUUAUUUAAAAUAAGCAUUUGAGGGAAGUUAUCAGAGCAGCUCUUUUCUUCAAAAGUAGUAACCUGUUCCUCUUUGGAAUAGCACAUUUCGGGCCGUGUUAGUACCCAGGAUUUUUACUCAUUUUACUCUAAAUCCUGAUGGUGACUUUGCCUAAAAGAACUUUAAGAUUGAGGUCUGUGUGGGUAAUAAAAGAUUACCAAAGUCCACAAAAGUAAUUUAAAUAAAUUUUACAUGUUCUCUUUCAUGACAGAGAAUAGCACUGAUUCUGUUAUUUUUUAAAUAAAUAAGUGAUUUUUUGAUAGGUGUUUAAUAUUUCUUCCCUCACUGCUGAUCCUUGGAUAGAAACCAGUCUUUAUAUUUGAUGGACUGCUUUCAGUAAAAUCUUAAGUGUACAAUAGUUGUCUAAAACUGUACAUUUGGAAUGGAGCAGCUUAAAUACUAGGUCUCAGAAGUCUGAAAAAUAGCAAAGAAGACUGGGUUUGGAAAGCAAGAUCUGAAGUUGCUUGUCAUAUUCUGAAGCUAUGAAGAAUAAUUGUUUCCACUUUGGAUUACAAAACCCCAUUUAUGAUUUUAAAAAUUACACUUGAAAUAAAAUGAUUAAACUAAAUUUUGGUCCAGUGACAUUACUUUGCACUUCAUAGUCCUUUGUACAUUUUAAGACUUUUUUUUUAAGUCUUAAUUUAUUGCUGAAAGUUUUUAUGUGAAACUGUAGCCUAUCUCUGAACUUUACUAGACAAUAUCUGAUUUUUGUCCCACUGUACUGUGAUCCAUGUUCUAUUGAGGCUUUUUUGCCUUAGUUUGAGACUGAAUUUAUGUCCUUUAUAAACACGAUAUGUGUCUUUUGUAAACAUUCUGGAAAAUGUAUGGCUUUAAUGGAUUAAAUUUAAUGGGCCUGAUUGAAGGGAAGAGAUUUAUUUGUUAAAAUGAAGUUAGU